GCGUGUAUACAUAUACGCGACACGCGAAGCCCCUUCAACGGUGUGCGUGCCAACUAUGCGAUGUCGGUGAUACGCCGCUGCGCGGAGCAACUACCGGCCUUACCGAGUUAUCGACGAGCUGUGCGAUAGGUAUACGCCUGUACGCGCCCUGCUUCGCCGCCUCAUUACAGGGACCUAGACUCUGCGGAGAUCUCGCGCGCGCGCGCGCGCGCGCGAUCGUUUACCCUACGGAUUUAUAGAAAUCUGUAAUAUUAUUGCGUCGGAUAUAACGGCGUAUUAGCUUCUCGGAUUGAUUGCGGUGCGCACUGAGAGUCCCUUUCUGGCGAUCGACGCGUUUUAUGCAAAUGCUUCGACUUUCCUUAGGGAUUUGCACGAUGCACCUUGUUCCCUCGAUCAAUGAUGACUUCUCGAUGGGAUGUUUAAAGCAGAAAAUGCUUAUAUCAUGAGAACAAGCAUCCAAAUUUGAAAUAUGUUUACGAACAAGAUGGUUUGCCCAACAUGAUAUGUCACCCUUGCAAAUAUCAGUUGGAGAAGUCCUAUCAAUUCAGAAAAAAAUGUCAGGCUGCUGAUCUCAAGUUGAGAAAACAUAUGAAACUGAUACAGCAAUUGACUGGACAGGACGAAGAAGGAGAAAGUCAGGAUAACGAAAACCAAGAUAGCAACAGGAAGGAAUCCACUACUGGCAAAUCUAAGCAAGUGAAACAAUUGUUGGCUGAUUUGGUUGCGGUCAAAGGUGACAACAAUCAGACAGAUGGAAAUCCUAUCGAGGUAACAGAAGAAGAACUCGUUGGGGGUUAUAUCCUGGGUAUGAAUUCAGAAAAUACAGAAAUGGAAGAAAAUGUCUCAGAAGAUCCAGAGAACAUCACGCUGGUACCUGCUGAGGAACGCACGGCGAAAGCACGAUGUACAAUAAGAGCAACGCGUAUCAAGCAAGAGCAGGAAUCCGAAGAUGAGGCGGAAGAGGUACAGAGAGCCAUUGUCAAUGCGGAACACAAGAAUGUUUAUAUGAUGGAACUAACUAGCAAUAGUUCUGGACAAGGAGAAUCGUUAAAAUUGCAACCUAUGACGGAUACCAUGGUUGAUGCAAAUCCGGAACUGAAAGUGUUCAAGUGUGACAAAUGUCCUAAAGCGUUCACCCGAAGAAUAAUGCUAAAAAGUCAUCAAUCUGUACACUCUACGCAACGAGGAUUCACAUGUCAGGCAUGUGAAAAGUGGUUCCCAACUAGAUCCGCGCUAGUGAGGCACGAACGUACUCAUACGGGUGAAAAACCGUUUGGUUGCAAUAUCUGUCAUCGUGCCUUUGCGCAAAAGGAGAUUUUGUUCCGUCACCUUAUGACUCACUCUGGCCAGAAACCGUUCCAGUGUCAGCACUGUGAGAAGAGUUUCACGCAACGGGAAGCACUGAAAGUACACAUGCGCAGGCAUCAAAAACUGAAUCCGAAUGAUAUCCAGCUGCACCAUUGUCAGCUCUGCCCAAAAGCAUUCUGUCAUGCGUCAGGUCUCAGCAGACACCUGGUUACCCAUACCGGCAGAACGUACAAGUGUGUAGAAUGCGAAAAAUCCUUCACCGACAAGAGCUCACUGCUGAGGCAUAGUCGUAUCCACGCACCCAAGAAAAUUAUAUCAAACUGAACUACGUUCUUCGUAAAUAAGACGGAGAUAUCUCUUUGAAAUUGAGCUAGGCUUGUAAGUAAUAAUGCAAUAGCGAAAUAAAGUUUAUGAAUCUUUUACAUUUAUAUCGUUGCAAUAGAAUUUUUAUGAAUAUCGUUGCAAUAGAAUUUAUAUGAUUCUUAUUUUACCAGUUGUAUGUUUGACAUUAAGGAAUAUUACUUGGUUCGACCAUUUCUGUAUGUGAAAGUUGCUGUAAGUAAAAUUUGUGAAAAUAUUGUUCAAAGAAGGCGAAGUAUAUUCCCAUAUACUUUCACACAGUGAUGAAUAUGGUUUUCAUACAAUAUACAUAAUUGUUAUAAAGAUGAUCGCUAUUGACAAAUUGCGGUUAACUGAAUAAGCACGAUUUGUGCUUAUUUUUCUCAAAUUCGAUUAUAAUACAUGCUACUUUUUUAAUUACGCGAAAAAUUGAAAUAUAUAUAUAUAUAUAUAUAUAUA